CCAUCCAGUUAAAAGAAUCCAGAAAGAGAAGGACUCUAGGGGGGAUGAUGGUGCUCCUGUUCCCUGUCAUCAUUGCAUUAACGGGGAAGCACAGCGGUGCCCGGACUCACUCUCUGAGAUAUUUUCGCCUGGGCGUUUCGGAUCCUGGCCAGGGGCUACCUGAGUUUAUUUCAGUUGGCUACGUGGACUCUCACCCUAUCACCACGUAUGACAGCAUCACUCGGCAGAAGGAGCCAAAGGCCCCGUGGAUGUCAGAGAACCUCGCACCCGAUCACUGGGAGAGGUACACGCAGCUGCUGAGGGGCUGGCAGCACGCGUCCCUGAUGGAACUGAAGAACCUGCAGAGGCACUACAACCACUCAGGGCUUCACACUUACCAGAGAAUGAUUGGCUGUGAGUUGCUGGAGGACGGAAGCGCCACGGGAUUUCUCCAGUACGCAUAUGAUGGACAGGAUCUCUUAGUCUUCAAUAAAGACGCCCUCUCCUGGAUAGCUGUAGACAACGUGGCCCGCGUCACCAAGCAGGCGUGGGAGGCCAAUCGGCACGAGUUACAGUAUCAAAAGAAUUGGCUGGAAGAAGAAUGCAUUGCCUGGCUAAAGAGAUUCCUGGAAUAUGGCAGUGACACCCUCCAAAGAACAGAGCCCCCCCUGGUCAGAAUAAAUCGCAAAGAAAUUUUUCCAGGGAUUACAACUCUCUUCUGCAAAGCUCAUGGCUUUUACCCCCCAGAAAUUUCCAUAGUCUGGAGGAAGAACGGAGAAGAAAUUGUGCAAGAAAUGGAUUCUGGAGACAUUCUUCCCAGUGGGGAUGGAACCUAUCAGACGUGGGUUUCAGUUGAGCUGGAUCCUCAGAGCAGUGACUUUUACUCCUGUCAUGUGGAGCACUGUGGCCUCCACAUGGUUCUUCAGGAAUCGGAAAGUGUCCCUUUGGUGAUGAAAGCUGUCUCUGGGUCCAUCGUUCUCGCCAUUGUCCUGGCUGGCGUUGGUCUUCUAGCUUGGAGAAGAAGGCCCUGAGAGCAAAAGAGAGUCAUCUACCUUCCUGCACUAGAUCGAUGACUGCAGAUCCCUCCUUUCCAGUACUCUGUCCUCUAGGAACCGUGGUCUCCUCUGUCCCCCGUAGACUCAACGCCAGUCCUCGAAGCUCUUGACCACACCCGCAACAUACAUGGGUAAUACAGGAUUGAGUAUUUAUGGCAGAAAGAUCGGAGCCACAAAAUUUUCUUUGUCCUUUGACUCCAAAAAGACUGUCAGCUUUCAGGCUCUUUUGAUGGACUCUUUUAUCACAUGUGGCUUUAAAUACAGCUUGUCUCAUG